GACGAGCCCAUUGCGCGGCCUCUGUAGGGGGAGGCGAGCGAGGAGUCCUUCCUACGUGACGGCUUCCCUAUUCUGCAAGAAGAGGCGCGCCCGGGCUUGGCCUUCGCCUUGCUCGCGAGGGCUGCGGUAUUAAGAAUGAGCGGGGACAAGAAUCCGGCCAGCAAGGCCACACCAGUGCAGGAUGUGCAGGGCGACGGGCGCUGGAUGUCUCUACACCAACGUUUCGUGGCAGACAGCAAAGACAAGGAAGCAGAAGUCGUCUUCAUCGGGGACUCCUUGGUCCAGCUCAUGCACCAGUGUGAGAUCUGGCGGGAGCUCUUCUCUCCUCUGCACGCACUUAACUUUGGCAUUGGUGGGGACAGCACACAGCAUGUACUCUGGCGGCUGGAGAAUGGGGAGCUGGAACACAUCCGGCCCAAGAUCGUGGUGGUCUGGGUGGGCACCAACAACCACAGCCACACAGCAGAGCAGGUGACAGGUGGCAUCAAAGCCAUUGUACAACUUGUGAACAAGCUGCAGCCCCAGGCGCGAGUGGUUGUGCUGGGCCUGCUUCCGAGGGGCCAGCACCCCAACCCACUUCGGGAGAAGAACCGACAGGUAAAUGAGCUGGUGCGAGCAGCAUUAGCUGGCCACCCCCGAGCCCACUUCUUAGAUGCAGACCCCGGCUUUGUACAUUCUGACGGCACCAUAAGCCACCAUGACAUGUAUGAUUACCUACAUCUGAGCCGCUUGGGGUACACACCGGUUUGCCGGGCUCUGCACUCCUUGCUUCUUCGUCUCCUGGCCCAAGACCAGGGCCAAGGCAUCCCUCUACCAGAGACCACACCCUAAGUGUCUUCCCUUCCCAUGGCAUUAAAUUCUCCUCCUCCUG